AUUAUAAAAACAUCGAUGCAUCGAUAGUGCCAUCGACGUUUCUCCACCUCUACGCUCUCCUCGAAUGGAAAAAGUUGGAAAGAAAAAAAGUAAAAAUAAAUAUAUGAAAUCGAGUAGGCUGUGGUGAAACAAAACAUAAGUUUACAAAUAAAUUAGCGAAAGCAGCAACAGCAGCGGCAGCAGCAGCAGCAGCAGCACUAUUAUUAUUAUGGAUGAUAAAGCAACAGCAGCGCCCACUGCAGACGCCGCGACCGAGACCGAGAAAGAGACAGAAUUAGCAACAGAGGCCGGCAAUAAUGAAAUUUCAUCAGUCACCGCCGCCGCCGUCGUCGCCGCUACCGCCGCACACACAACAGUCACCGUGGAGCCCUUGCCAACGACCUCCAAGUUGCCUCAUCAGCAAAACCUCAAAUCGGAUGUGCUAGACACUAGCAGUAGCGGUGCUAUUGCAGUGGACGCCUCAGUGGAUACGGAACGGUGUUGUUGGAUCUGCUUUGCCACCGAUGAGGAUAAUCGUCUGGCCGCUUGGGUGCAACCCUGCCAAUGUCGCGGCACCACCAAAUGGGUACAUCAGAGUUGCCUCUAUCGCUGGAUCGAUGAGAAGACACAGAAGGGCAAUGCGUUGCGUUCCGUGUCCUGUCCACAAUGUCAAACGGAGUACAUCAUUGUGUUCCCGCAAAUGGGCAGACUGGGCGGCGCCCUGGAGGCCAUGGACAAUGUGGUGAAGCGAUUGAGUCCGUUUCUGGCUGCGGGAUUCUUCGUGGGCUCGUUGUACUGGACGGCAGUCACCUAUGGUGCUGUUACCUUUCUUCAGAUUGUGGGCCAUGAGCAUGGCAUGUCUAUUAUGGAAGCGGGUGAUCCGCUUAUUUUGCUCAUCGGUCUGCCUGCCAUACCAGUUGGCCUUAUUCUUGGUAGACUCAUCCGCUGGGAGGAUGCGUUGUUGCGUUUGAUACGCAAUCGUGGAACCGUUAUGCGCAAAUUUCCCUUCGUCAACUUCAUCUACCCGAAUCUUAAUCAGGAGGAGGAACCGCCCACAUCAUCGAACCCGGCAACGCCUGCGUUAUCCGAUCCCGUAUCAGCCACUCGCAUCUUUUGCGGUGCUCUGCUGCUGCCCACCAUCUCGUGCAUUGUGGGUCGCAUUCUUUUCGAUUCGGUUGAGAAUACAUUGCAUCGCACACUGCUCGGCGGCCUUACGUUCAUCACGGUCAAAGGGAUGCUGAAGAUCUAUCUGAAACAGAAGCAAUAUGCGCGUCGCAAGAAGCGUCGUAUUGUCGAUUAUACAGAGGAGAAUAUACGGAAUUUUAUGCAUCGCAGCAAUAACAAUAGCAAUGCUGCUGCUGGUGGCGGCGGUGGCGCCACAGGACUUGCGGCUGGUGCACGUCAUCAUCAUCAUCAACAGCAGCAGCAGCAGCCAGUGCUGCCAAUGUCGCGGCUGGCCGCUGCUGCAGCCGCUGCUCGUGAACGGGAACGUGAUCGUGAACGAGAACGUGAACGGGAACGGGAAUUGGAGGUGAAUGGUGACAGCGUUGUUUGAAUUUGCAAAAUGGACACACUCAAUUGAAUUGCAGCAAUUGAUAAUUCAUAUAUGUAUGACAAAUACUUCUUGUUCAAAAUAGUUUCGUUUUUGCUUUAAGUUCAUAUUUGUUUAGAAUCCCCAAAACAAAACAAAAAAACAAAA